UUGCGGUCUCCCCCAUUUGCCCUAAUCUCUGCAGUCUUCGCCCUCCCAGGGCUAUUUUUGGUAUUAUAAUGAAAGAUUUGGUGCGCCUUCUCCCUUUUCGUUUUGCCUUCUCCCAAGAAACCGACUUAGUGCUCUUAUUCCCCUCCUCCUCCUCCUCCUCCCCUGUUCCCUUCCGCAACACAAAAUCUCUAAUCACGACGUUCGACAAACCCUAUUUUUUGUUUUCCAAUCACAAGAGUAAAAUCUUAAUCGUUUCUGUGUUUUUUUGUUUUUGUUUUCGUUGUUCAAUUCGAAACGUUAAGAAAUCAAUCUGUUUCUUGUUUUACUUGGACAAUUCGCAUUCGAAUCCGGCGAGCGGGAUAACUCCAGGGGUUAAUCUGGUAUAUGGCGAACGGUACCGCUCCGGAAGAGUUUGUGGUUUUGUCCCGGGUCCGGACCGGCCUUAAGCGUGAGUUUGCAUUCGCCCUGAAAGUUCAAUCGGAGAUUUGUGGGUCGUUGGGUCGGACUCGUUCGAGGAAGUCGCAUAAUGCGAYUGAGGAGAGUACCACCUCCAAGAGGUUGAAGGGGUUAGUGACGAUGGAAGCCAAUGGGGGUGAUGAGGAUGAUGAGGAAGACGAGGAAGAUGAGGAAUCGAGUGAGGCUGCCCAGUUAACGAGUGUUGAGGUGAGAGAGGUCGAGAAAGUGAAGGUUAUGGAAGAUAUGGCGGAUUCUAUGAGUGAAGAGGAGGCGAAGAGUGAUAUCGUAGACCUUGUGAGCGACGAGGAACCUAAGAGUCACGUGGAUGAAUCUACGGGUGAUACUGGAACUAAGGAUGAGGCAUCGAAUGCUAUUUGUAUGGAGGAAUUGAAGGAGGAACUGUUGGACAGUGAGGAUCCGAGCAGCCAUGAAACAGUGGAUUUGGCGAGGGAUAGGGAAUUGGUUGAUGUUAAGGUGGAGCUAUCACUCGAGAAGGAGUCUGAGGAGACGUUGAAAAAGGAAUCUGAAUGGAUUUUAACGAGUGGGGAUUUGGGGGAGGAGGGCAGAAAUGUUCCCUCAGAGGAUGCAGUGGACGGGUCGGCGUCAGUUACUGUGGAUGAUGGUAAGUUGAAGAAGAAGACGAAGGUUCUGCAGCCUCGUAAGCGCUUUACUCGUUCGGCCUUAAAACCAAACUUAGAGCCCACGAUGAUCUCUGCAGAAAUCCUUACAAAAUCUGAUUCGUGUACGACAAUGCCAGUUAUCAAAAAUGAUGUUGAUACCAAACCCGAGGACUUUCCUGACCCAUUUGCUACACCUCCUACGAAGCUUAAAAUGGCAAAGCUGAAGAAAAUGUCUGCGAAGAAGUUUCCCGCCAAGUUGAAAGACCUUCUGGAUACGGGUAUUUUGGAGGGACUUCAAGUGAGAUAUAUUAGGGGUUCAAAGACUAGAGCACAAGGAGAAACUGGGCUUGAAGGAGUAAUCAACGGCUCGGGGAUAAUUUGUUACUGUACUAACUGUCAAGGAAACGAAGUCGUUUCCCCUACUCUAUUUGAACUACAUGCUGGCAGCUCAAAUAAACGUCCACCAGAGUACAUUUACUUGGAGAAUGGGAAUACCCUCCGGGAUAUCAUGACUGCAUGCCAGAAUUUUUCUUUGGACAAGACAGAAGAAUUCAUCCGAAGUGCAAUUGGUUGUUCCUUGGUAAAGAGAUCUGCAAUCUGCCUGGGUUGCAAAGGCCGUAUUCCUGAAUCAGACACUGGGAUUGCCAUGUUACUUUGCUGUUCAUGUGCAGAUUCAAAGAAGUUUCACGAUAGCCCCAUUCCCCUAGUCUUUAGUAAUGAAAGAACUCCAAAACCAAAUUUACUUCUCAAGUCAUCUGAUACCGCAUCUAAGAGUGGUUCAUCACGUGGUAAAGGUCAUGGAAGAUUAACUAGGAAGGAUCUACGGCUGCACAAGUUAGUCUUUGAGGAAGAUAUAUUACCCGAUGGAACUGAAGUUGCAUAUUAUGCCCGUGGGCAGAAAUUGUUGGUUGGGUAUAAAAAGGGGUUUGGUAUUUUUUGUAGCUGCUGCAACUCUGAGGUUAGUCCGUCGCAGUUUGAAUCUCAUGCUGGUUGGGCAUCAAGGCGCAAGCCAUACUUGCACAUUUACACAUCAAAUGGGGUGUCUCUGCAUGAGUUGUCCAUAUCUCUAUCAAGAGGACGGAAGUUCUCUCCCAAUGAUAACGACGACUUGUGCAGCAUUUGUGCAGAUGGAGGGGAUCUGUUGUGUUGUGAUGGCUGUCCCAGGGCUUUUCACAGAGAUUGUGUUCCUUUACCAUGUAUCCCUACUGGUACCUGGUACUGCAAAUACUGCCAGAAUUUGUUCCAAAAGGAAAAAUUUGUGGAGCACAAUGCAAAUGCUGUUGCCGCUGGGAGAGUUGCUGGUGUUGAUCCUAUUGAACAGAUAACAACAAGAUGUAUUCGUAUUGUCAGAAAUAUAGAAGCGGAAGUUGGUGGAUGUGCAUUGUGCAGAUGCCACGAUUUUAGCAAGUCAGGUUUCGGUCCUCGAACUGUUAUUCUUUGUGAUCAGUGUGAGAAGGAGUUUCAUGUUGGCUGCUUGAAGGAACACAACAUGGAAGAUCUUAAGGAACUCCCUCAAGGGAAGUGGUUCUGUUGUCCAGGGUGUAACAGGAUACAUUCUGCAUUGGAGAAGUUGGUGGUUUUGGGAGGAGAGAAACUUCCUGAGUCCGUUUUGGGUGCUGUACGGAAAAAGAUUGAAGAUAAAGGUUCAGGAAGCAUGAAUAGUCUUGAAAUUCGAUGGCGGGUCCUCAAUUGGAAAAUGUCGUCUUCUGAUGAAACUAGAUCAUUGCUUUCAAAGGCUGUUUCUAUUUUCCAUGAUUGUUUUGACCCCAUAGUUGACUCUGCCUCCGGGAGAGACUUCAUUCCGUCAAUGCUUUAUGGGAGGAACAUCAGGGGUCAAGAAUUUGGUGGGAUAUACUGUGCAGUUCUAACUGUGAAUGAAUCUGUUGUGUCCGCUGGAAUAUUUCGUAUAUUUGGGAGUGAAGUAGCUGAGCUUCCUUUAGUAGCGACAGACACCAACUUUCAAGGACAGGGCUAUUUCCAAUCCUUAUUUUCAUGCAUUGAGAGGUUCCUCGGAUUUUUGAAAGUGAAGAAUCUAGUCCUGCCUGCUGCAGACGAAGCCGAACCGUUGUGGAUUAACAAGUUUGGAUUCAGCAAGUUGCCUCCUGAAGAGGUAAGGGAGUACAAGAAACAUUACCAGAUGAUGAUCUUCCAAGGGACGUCGGUGCUGCAAAAGACGGUACCGCAAUAUCGUGUAAUUAGUAGUGCAGCAAACCCAGAGAGCUGAAGGAAGGAACAGUAGAAAAUAGAUGAGUGACAGUGAAUGAAAUUCUUUUGCAGUGGAAAGCAAGCAAGCCCACUUGCCCUGAUGAUAUCUAUAAAUAGGGAUAGGAGGGGGAGGGUUGUGGUGUUGUUUUCUCUUUUUUGUGUACAGAAAAAUGGUUAUACUACCCUCAGGAACAUGAAUAUGAUACAGGGUUAUCAAAUUUUUUUGUUAGUGUACAGAAGAAUGAAGAAAGAAAGGGAUGGUAGUUGGUUUGAAAGGGGUUGUGGAGAAAGAAAGGGAAGGAAGCUUUCCAAAAUUUUGUCUAUUUGGCCUUGGCACUCCCAACUCUUGGGAGUGGGAUAAUUCUUUCAGCUUCUUAGCAUCAUGGAGUUUUUUGUUUUGUUUUU